GCUCCUCCCACCUCCCUCGGUGUCCCCAUGCUGCUGCAGAGGACUCCUGCUCUGCUUCAGUGCUCCACCUCUGCACAGGCAGCCUGCAGCAGCAGCAGCACACGCUCUCCUGGCUCAUUCACUUGUCGCAUGUGCAAUACGAGCUUCUGCGAGAAUCGGAAGAUCAGUUACGAUACAGUUGUGUUGAUUUUUUUUUUUUUGUGUGUCUGUAUUUUUUUGGAGACGUUUGUGUUGCCAGGGAAGACAAAGUACCAGCAGCCAUGAGAGUUGAUCCCGCAUCUGCAAGGUGCAUCCACAGCCACUUCUGACCAAAUCUGAUUUAGCAGACCAAAGAUGUCAGCGUGCAGUGACUUUGCUGAACACGUGUGGAAACCUGGCUCUUGCAAGAACUGCUUCAACCCCCUUAGUGCGCACAAGACUGUUGGUGGUCUGGAUGGCAGCACGCCAGCUGCUUCUUUGAAGAGCAGCCUGGGAGGUGAUGAAGAAGCUGUAGUAACAUCACCUUCACCCUACAGCAAACCAACCAUCGCCGUUAAACCCACUAUGAUGAGCCUUGACACUAACGACUCGAUUGAUGUCAACAUGAACAUAGAGCAGGAGAACAAAAAGAGCCCAGUUGAACGUUUGGGCCUGAAGAAGCUCUUGGGCCUGUCAUCUCUUUAUAUUGAUAGUAAUGGCUGCAACAAGGCCCAUAGAGAAGCAGUUCUUCAGAGUCCUGAAACCAAGAUGGACUACAAUUGCUUAUCUUUGUCUCCCUUGUCCCCCAGUAGCCCACCUAAAGACUCCAUGAUCAUCAGCAAUAUUUUUGUCACCCAGGAGGAGGGUAGAGGUUCUCAGAGUUUAAAGAAGAAUGCAAAUGGAGAGAUCUGUAGGCAGCAGAACAGAACAGCCGCUAUUAGAACCAAGAGCACUUAUAAUGGAAAUGGUGUGACUACCAGGGCAAAUUAUCAGGAGGCCCAUCAGCCAUCUGUGGAGAUACCUUUUUCAGUAGAUAUUGUACCUUCUAGUCCUGCUAAAAUCCAUAGCAGUGGUAUCAGCAAUGUGAGUACUGCUACUAUUACCACUAAAACGUCCAGCACUUCUUUGUCUUCCCCCACCACAACCUUAAGUGUGGACACCACUAACCACAGUCCCCCAACAUCCCUCCACUCUGUUCCCAUUCUGUCUAAACAGACCAGCCUUUCGGACUCCUCUUGUUCUUAUCUUAGCAGUACAGAUUCACUUCCUGGAGCAGAGGGGUUGGGAGGAAGGCCAGGCAGGUCAGGGAGCCCCCAAGGUCCACCAGCUACAGAUAGCCCACAGUCAGCUCCCAACUCUCCCAAUGGACAGCCAGCCUCAGAACCCAUUUAUGCAGAGAGCACCAAGAAAAAGCGCAGGUCGCAAAGAAAUGGAGUGCAGUCCCACCCCGAAUCCCCAAACCAGAGUAAGAACGCAUCCGGCUCUGAGCUUGAGCUUUCAGGAGAGAGUCAGCGAGCCACAAUCACUGUAAUGGCUGCUCACACAGAGGAGAACAACAGGACCUUCUACCUGAGCAGUCCAGAUUCAGCUGUCAGCACUCAGUGCCACUUCAGCCCCACAGUACGUAAAGACCCCAGCAGCCCAGCCUUCCGCUGGCCUAGCCCCAGCCACAGCCACAGCACACCCUCUCUGCCAACUGAAGCCAGCUUCACCUCAACUCUUCACCCCAAGCCUCAGUCUAGUCCACCCAUUCCCCCAAAGAGGAACACCCGCUCCCCAAAACUGGGCACCUCCAGCCUCUCACCAUCGGUGUCCUCUCCAGUCCCUCUUUCUGAACUUCCCAAAAUGGGCACUUCCAGCCUCUCAUCGUCCAUCUCGUCUCCCAUCCCGCUCCCCGAACUUCCUAUGCUUUUCCUCGUCUCUGCUAGAGAGGGCCAUUUCAAGGUUCAUACAGAGAACCACAGCACAGCAUCUGAACGCUGGCACAAGCAGCACCACCACCAUAGUUCUGGCUGGAACAGUUGUAUUGAGGAAGAAGAGGAGGAGGAGGAGAGAGAGCGGAAAGAGGGGGAGAAGAAGAAGCUGGCUGUCAACCUGGGGACAACCUCCUGGGAGACGGGCCUGGUCAGUGGUGCCGCUGUCUGGAAGGAAGCCAGGGACUGGAAGGUCCACAGCAGCCCGCCUCCAGUGACCGAGCCAGGCACGGCCACCCUGCCUGCCCUGAACAAUGGUGCCUGUCAUGGGGAGACAGAGGGCAUCAGCGUAGAGGAGGAGGGCAAGCAUAACAGGAGCAUGCCGGCCAAGCAACCGUUGCAUGGUGGCUUAUCUGAGCUGCUGGCGGCAGGGAAGGGAGCUGCCAACAAUGAGCCCAAUCCACCACCUCCCCCACCAAAGAAACUGCACAGAGUGUGCAGUAAAAUAGGUGGCAGCAACAUGGAGCUGGACCGCUGUAGCCAACAAGGGUCAGUAGAGAGCCCUACUUCAUCUCUGUGGGGUCUGGGCAGUGCCAGAGCACCCACUGCCUCGGCCGAUGACCUGACUGUUGACACUGGUUCUCGAGAUGCUGCACGAGUGGCUUGUGCCUCUCCAUUUUCCAGAAGUCCAGUGGCCUCAACUCCAGGGUCCCCUCACCCACCUUUGUUUAACAAAUUAAGUAACCAGCCACCUCCUCUCCCAGAAAAAAAGGUGGUCAACCGCACCGUGUCAGCUCCUGAUAGUGCAAACGGAAGACCUGUUGUCCGAGCCCGCCCUUGCCUCCCAUUCACUGGCUCGGAGAGCAGCAUGUGUCGACCUACUGAUGGUAACUCUCGGUCCAGUUUACCACCCAGUCCAACUGACCAGCGGUCUGUUUUCUCCUCCAACGAGUCUCUGGAGCAUUGUCAUGCCGCAUUAGGCCGACCCUCGAGGUCCCGGACGCUGGAUGAGCCACUGAAGACUCACGGACGUCUAGGUGUCCACUGCCGAAGCAGCAUCACGUGUUCAUCUUCUCCUCAGCUCAGCGUGCCCUUCUCAGCCUCAGAACCAGGUCCAGCACCAAAUUUGGGCUCCAGCCUGCAGCUACAGACCCUUUUGAGCAACAUUGAUAGUAGAGAGGGUGUGUACUCUAAACUGGGAGGCCUGUAUGCAGAGUCUCUGCGGCGCUUGGCUCUAAAAUGUGAGGAUCACUUUACCCGCUCCCAGAGGAACCCACUCAGGUUCGAAGAGAGCAACUGGUCUCUGUUCAGGCUCACAUCUAACAAGCCAAGCUGCAACGCAGGAGAUGCCGUGUACUACUCUGCUGCCUGUGCCUCAGACCCCAGCAACUCCUACGCUGUAAAGAUCUGCAAGAGCCCGUCCAUGGAGGCCAAACAGGGCCAUCUCUACGGUCUGUCAGUACAGCAGAGCAUGCCUCCCCACUUCAACCUCCAGCAGGACUGUGGCCACUUUCUCGCUUGUGUUCCACAGAGCAUGUUGCCUUCUGAUGAAGUCACUCUUCCUACCACACCUGCUUCAUCGUUGCCUCAGCCCUCCGUGAUUGUGCCUGGCCAACAGGCAGACCGAGAGCGAGUGGUGGUCAUCACCCCUGAGAUCCCCCAGCAGACAGCAGCUGACUUUGUUCGGGAGUGGGAGGCAUUCCAUCAAACUCAGCCAGAGGUUUAUGAGCGCCGUGUUUGCUUCCUCCUUCUGCAGCUCUGCAAUGGCCUGGAACACUUGAAGGAGCAUGGAGUCACACAUCGUGACCUCUGUCUAGAGAAUCUGUUGUUGGUGCCUCACCACCGCAGGCUCUCCCAGUUCCCCCAACAUACAAACAAUGACAACAGCACCAGUAAUGGCUCGAGUGGCGUAGACGUUCAGCGUCACCUUCCCCGGCUUCUCAUCAGCAACUUUGCAAAGGCUAAGCGUCGCUCUUCUGAGGAUGCUGCCCUGACCAGUGUGGACCCCCGUAUUAAGCGUGACCAUGCCAGGUUAGCGCCAGAAAUUGUCUCAGCAGCCCAGUAUCGCAAAUUUGAUGAGUUUCAGGUGGGAAUUUUGAUCCAUGAGCUCCUCCACCAGCCAAACCCGUUUGAGGUGAGUCCAGCACUGAAGGAACAAGACUACUACUGUGAGGACUUGCCUUCCAUCCCCUCUGUCUCCCUGUACUCAGCUGGUCUCCAGAAGCUGGCCCAGCUCCUGCUGCAACCUGACCCCAUCAAACGCAUCCAUAUCCAGGAGGCCAAGCGCAUACUGCAAAGCCUGCUCUGGGGCCCCAGGAAGGAUCUGAUGGAGCAGCAGCUGGAGAGACACGGACAGGGCAGAGGCUUUGUCGAUGGUUCCCGACAUGAGGGCCUCCUCAAUUGGCUCGAUGUGAAACGGGCCCUGCUGAUGAUGAAGUUUGCCGAGCGAUCACUGGAGCCCGAGAGGAACGCGGAGCUGGAGGACUGGUUGUGCUGUCAGUACUUCUCCUCGGCUCACCCUCUGUCACUCUGCCACACUGCUGAACUGCUCUACUCACUGAAGUAAUGGCUCGCUUAUGGGAAUGCGUUUGACACCGGUAAUGUCAGCGUUAGUGUGUAGACACUUUGGACGGGUGCGGACAGUGCAAGUCUUUGGAGAUGCUGUGAACCUACCCACCUGUUUGCACCACUGCUACAUGCAUGAGAGCCUUGCAUCCAUCUACCUGCUGACUCUAAACCUCUUGCCACUGUUUUCUGUCAAAGGACUGACCUGUGAACACAGACAUAGACAGAAUCACUAACAUUCACAUACAGACUGCCAGCGAUGCUGAUACAUACAUACAUACAUACAGGGCGAAUAUGGACAGUAUUUAUAAUCCUAUACACUUACCAAAGUUGACUUUGUAUUGUGUAUAUUUAUUAAAUAUCACUUGACUUUUCCAUAGAACUGGCUAAUAAUUCAUAACCUUAGUGUGUCAGCCAGCUUUGCAACGUAAUUGUGUUGUAUGGAAAUAUGCAGCCAACCUAUAAUUUGUCUGACAUCUUAAUGAACAGUUUACUAGCAGACUUAAACUGUACACUAAACAGUUUUUUCUUUCACAGAGUUCACAUCAUAUCGUCCUGUGUGGAACCUACUAGUUGGAAUGAUCAAGGCAGCCUCUUGAAUCAUAAUGAACUUGGUAUAAAUGAAUCAGAUCAUACCGUCUUACACAAUUCAAUAUUAACUGGCAACAUUAUAGCAAUUGCUUCUGAAUACACAACUCCCAGUUUUCCAUAAGCUUGCUUUUGUUAUAUAUUUAAAUGUUUUAACAUUUGUCACAGUGCCUUUUUUGUUACAGUGACAAAAGCCAAAUGUAAAUAUUACUGAUCAUGUCCUUUGUGAAACUGGCCUUUCACAGGAUGUUCUAGAAACUACUUUGUACAGCUAUUUGUACAUGGUAUUAGGGGGGAAAACAAUGAGCCCAAGCAGGUCUUAAAAAGCCAUGAAUAUGAGCAACAGUUAAAAAAGAUAUUUAUAUGCUUUGUUAUCCUGCACUAACACUGGAAUUUCUCCGUUUAUUUUCACGAGGAUUAUCAAGUUAUUUGUUUUGGGCACAGCAGGAGCUGAGCCUGUUUUUUGCUUCCUGUGUCCCAGGUAAGCGGCUGAGGAAGCUUCAAGUUGAGAGCUUUUAAUCCCCAGCAAAGAAUUUCCUGAUAAAGUCCAUAGUGGCAAGAAUUUAAUAAAAACAUAGGACACAAUUUAACAGCCUGCAUGCAGGUUUUUAUGUCCAUGACUGAUGUUUCUAGUGUUACAGAAAAAUACCUUGUCUGACCUCACAUCUAAUACAUUAUUGAUCUGAAACAAUCUGUUUGCCUCACUUACUUGCAUCUAUCAAUAAACUGUGCA